AUGGCGUUACGUGGUUGCGGCGGCUCAGCGCAUGAACACGGUGAUCCGUGGCGGCAGUGGCCGUGGAGUGCCGUCCGUGGGCAAGCAUCUAGCUACGACGCUCCCUUCGACAUCGAUGAAGAAUUGGAGGAUGAUGUGGAGGAGUUAGUGAGCUCCGGCGGUCCCCCGGUGAGCCAUGCCAAUCGAGCCCAAUGGAAUGAUGCAAAUAAUGCUUGCUUGUUAGAAUUGUGCAUAGAGCAACAUAGAGCAGGAACAUAUAAUGGUGCACAAAUGAGUGGUGAAGGGUAUGAAGCCGUUGUCGACGACUUACUUGCUCGAAGGGGGUUGAUGUAUACCCAUCUACAGAAAAAACAAUACCUAAAGAGGUUGCAGUGGGGUCCUCUAGGAAACGAGGAGUUGCUUGAUGAACUAUUCAGAGGGUUCACUGUCGAUGGAAGCACAACCUUUGUGCCUGGAGAUGAUUAUGGUCAGAAUCAGGAGCAAGAUGUAGGGACAGAAGAGGAAGAGGAGUUUCAAACAACACCUACAAGUAGAAGCAGCCAGAGGAGUCAGAGGGGAAAGAGGUCAUUAAGCAGCAAUUCAAGCACUUUGGCCAGUCCAGUGAAGAAGAGCAAGAGCCCAAUGGUGAAGAUUGUGAAGGACAUAGCCAGUACCUUCAAAGACUCUGUCAAAGUCAACACUACUCAAAUACAGAAACGUGCAAGUGACAAGGCAGCACGUUCUGUCGAGAGGUGUCAGGAGUUGGUAUUUGAGUGUGGCGUUGAGGAAACCAUUGACUCUGUCUAUGCUAUGUCCAAGAUGUUCGAAACAGAGUACCAAAGUUUUAGGCUAUGUGUUGACAAUUUGUUACAUGUGUUGAAUCAGGAAGAAGAUCAGGACCCCAUGAUUGAGGAAGAAGAAGAUGAUGGAGGCAGCACAAGUGAGGACGAGAUUAUAUCCAUGUGCUGCAAUAAUUUGGUGGAGGCCCAGAAUUUGAUCUUGCAGUUGGUUCCUAUCUUGGAGGCUCUUGCUAUGUUUUUAUGGGUUGUUGGUUCACCACAGUCAGUUAGACAGGCUAAGAACCAUUUUAGGAGGUCUAUGGAGACAGGCGGAGGGGAGACUGAGGACGAGGAUAGGAGCAUGCCGGCGAGGCGGUUGGCGGAGAGGUCGAGUACCCGGAGCAUGGGUGCGCUGGCGCAGAGGUCGGGCGCGAGGGGGCCGGAGAUGGAGUUGUUGCUGGCGUCGAGGUGGUCCGGGAUGGGGACGCCUGGAAGCGCGUCAUGGAGGAGGUUGGAGGAGAGGAAAUUGUUCCAAACCGCAUACUGGGAGGAUAUCACGCGCAAGGCGCGAACUCCAACUCCAAAGCCCAGACCCACCUCGCCUCAGGGCAGCAGCUUCCAUUUUCUCGGCCUCCGCGCCUCCGCGGCGGCCAUGGACGUCGAUCACCCGUCGCCGCGCGUCGGCGGAGGCAGCGGCGGGGACCCUCCCCGCAUCCGUCGGCUAGAGGAAUCGGUGGUGAACCGCAUCGCGGCGGGGGAGGUGAUCCAGCGGCCGUCGUCGGCGGUCAAGGAGCUCGUCGAGAACAGCCUCGACGCCGGCGCGUCCACGGUCUCCGUCACCGUCAAGGACGGAGGACUCAAGCUCAUACAGGUCUCCGACGACGGCCACGGCAUCCGGUUUGAGGAUUUGCCAAUAUUAUGUGAAAGGCAUACUACCUCAAAGUUAUCUGCAUAUGAGGAUUUACAGACCAUAAAAUCUAUGGGCUUUAGAGGGGAGGCCCUGGCCAGUAUGACUUAUGUCGGCCAUGUUACUGUGACAACAAUAACAGAGGGCCAACUUCAUGGCUACCGUGUUUGUUAUAAAGAUGGAGUAAUGGAGAAUGAGCCAAAACCCUGUGCUGCAGUUAAAGGAACUCAAGUCAUGGUUGAAAAUUUAUUUUACAAUAUGGUAGCUCGUAGAAAAACAUUGCAGAACUCCAAUGACGACUACCCCAAGAUUGUGGAUUUCAUUAGCCGUUUUGCAGUCCAUCACAUCAAUGUGAACUUUUCCUGCAGAAAGCAUGGAGCCAAUAGAGCAGAUGUUCAUAGUUCGAGCACAUCUUCUAGACUGGAUGCUAUAAGGAAUAUCUAUGGGGCUUCUGUUGUUCGUGAUCUGAUUGAAAUAGAAGUUUCAGAUGAGGAUGCUGGAGAUGCAGUUUUCAAGAUGGAUGGUUAUAUAUCAAAUGCAAAUUAUGUGGCAAAGAAGAUCACGAUGAUCCUUUUCAUAAAUGAUAGGCUUGUAGACUGUACUGCUUUAAAAAGGGCAAUUGAAUUUGUGUACUCUGCAACGUUGCCUCAAGCAUCCAAACCCUUCAUAUACAUGUCCAUCAAUCUUCCAUCAGAACAUGUGGAUGUCAAUAUACACCCAACCAAAAAAGAGGUUAGCCUCUUGAAUCAAGAGCGUAUUAUUGAAACUAUAAAAAAUACCAUUGAGGAAAAACUGAGGAAUUCUAAUACCACAAGGAUAUUCCAAACUCAGGCAGUAAACUCCUCAGCAUUUACUCAAGUUUGCACACAGAAGGACAAGGGUACUGAUGUCAAAAUGGCCUCUGGAAUGAAAUCUCAAAAGACUCCUGUGAGCCAAAUGGUCAGAACUGAUCCACGCAAUCCAUCUGGAAGGUUGCACACUUACUGGCAUGGGCAAUCUUCAAAUCUUGAAAAGAAAUCUGACCUUGUUUCUGUAAGAAAUGUUGUAAGAUCAAGGAGGAAUCCAAAGGAUGCUGGUGAUAUAUCUAGCCGUCAUGAGCUUCUUAUGGAAAUAGAUUCUCACUGCCAUCCUGGUCUUUUAGAGGUUAUUAAGAAUUGCACAUAUGUUGGCCUGGCUGAUGAAGUUUUAGCUUUGAUACAGCACAAUACUCACUUAUACCUUGUCAAUGUUGUAAAUGUUAGUAAAGAACUCAUGUACCAGCAAGCUCUGCGCCGUUUUGGAAACUUCAAUGCUAUACAGCUUAGUGAACCAGCUCCUCUUCAGGAGCUGUUGCUGAUGGCACUGAAAGACGAUGAAUUAAUUGGUGAUGAAAAUGAUGAGGAGAAACUGGAGAUUGCAGAGGUAAACUCAAAGAUACUGAAAGAAAACUCUGAGAUGAUUAAUGAGUACUUCUCUAUUCAUGUUGAUCAAGAUGGGAACUUGACCAGGCUUCCAGUUGUACUUGAUCAGUACACCCCUGAUAUGGAUCGUCUCCCAGAAUUUGUGUUGACUAUGGGGAAUGAUGUUACCUGGGAUGAUGAGAAAGAGUGCUUCAGAACGGCAGCUGCUGCUGUUGGGAACUUCUACGCACUCCAUCCGCCCAUCCUUCCAAAUCCAUCAGGGAGUGGCAUUCAGUUGUACAAGAAAAAUAAAGAUUGCAUGGCGAGUGGCGAACAUUUUGAUAGUACAGAUGAAGAUGACAUUGAUCACGAACUACUUGCGGAAGCAGAGACAGCAUGGUCCCAACGCGAGUGGACCAUUCAGCAUGUCUUGUUUCCAUCCAUGCGACUUUUCCUCAAGCCCCCAAAGUCAAUGGCAACAGAUGGAACCUUUGUUCAGUGCUUGGAAUGGAAGAUGGUAAAAAGUAAUAGGGGUGGUGAUGGUCUCACGAGAAGCUCGAAGAGGAAUGAAAGAGUUGGUGAUCUCACAAGAAGCUCGAAGAAGAAUACACCUUAUCUCACAAGAAGCUCAACAAAGAACAGAACAAUUGAUAAUCACACGAGAAGCUCAAAGAAGAAUAAAAGAUCUUAUCCUACAAGAAGGUCAGCAAAGGACAAACCAAUUUGCAAUGAAGGAGAGAAAACCGGGUUACCAAUUUCAGCCCUAUCUGAUGGUCCUUAUUUUACUUUGUUCAUGGUACAUGGAGAUGGGUUUAAUGGGGAUCGUUUUGGGGAUCUAGAAUCCUUGGGUUAUCCUGAACGUCCAGAAACAAUGUUAACUGAUUGCAUUUUGGUUAGUAGUUUUGAAGAGCCUUUCGGUGACACACAUGAUAAAGGUGAUAAAGGUGUCUGGAGCGAACUAAAGGAAACAGUUGCCACCAACAUAGAUGAAAAUAUCGUUGCACUUGCUUCAUUCAAUGGAGAAAAAAGGUUUUUUGCAUGCACAGGUUGCUUUAUUGAAUGGAAUGUACAGGGGCGGAUUCAGGGCCCGGGCUGCCAGGGCUGCAGCCUGGGGCAUAGCCCAAAAUCUUCAGUAAUAGCACUGCUAUGCAGUGCAAAAGGAGCCCAAGCAAAUAGCCUUUAG